ACGUCAAUGUAGUGCGCCUCGAUGCUCUAAGCUUUUGUAACGGAGGGAAAAAGCCGCGGAUCGCGCCGUGAAAUUAAUUAUAUCCUCAGUUCGUUUUUAAGUCUGCAUUAGUGUUUUUAUUCAUUCACUGUUAAUCGUUGUUAAAACUGGCAUUUUUAUCUUCCUUUCCCAGUGGUUGUCAUCGUCGUUCUGACAACAAAAACAAGUCGAUAAUGAACGCUUGACGGACCGCUGCUGUGCUAACUUUAGCUAGCUAGAAAAUUGGCAGUUUCAUUUGACAGCUUUUAGGAAAGAAAAUAUGACAACUCUGACAAGGCAAGACCUCAAUUUUGGACAAGUCGUUGCUGACAUCCUGUGCGAGUUCCUGGAGGUCGCUAUUCAUCUCAUCCUGUAUGUCCGUGAAGUUUAUCCCUCUGGAAUAUUUCAGAAGAGAAAGAAAUAUAAUGUACCUGUGCAGAUGUCAUGUCACCCAGAGCUGAAUCAGUAUAUCCAAGAUACACUUCACUGUGUUAAGCCACUUAUUGAGAAGAAUGAUGCAGAGAAGGUGGUCGUUGUCAUCAUGGACAAAGAGCAUCAUCCAGUGGAGAGAUUUGUGUUUGAGAUUUCCCAACCAACACUGCUGUCUAUCAGCUCAGACACAUUACUGACACAUGUGGAGCAGCUGCUGAGGGCAUUCAUCCUGAAGAUCAGUGUGUGUGAUGCUGUUUUAAAUAACAACCCACCAGGUUGUUCCUUUACAGUCCUAGUACACACCAGAGAUGCCGCUACACGCAACAUGGAGAAGGUUCAAGUCAUCAAGGAUUUUCCGUGGAUAGUUGCUGAUGAGCAGGAGGUCCACAUGCAGGAGCCAAGAUUGAUCCCACUAAAGACAAUGACAUCUGACAUAGUAAAAAUGCAGCUCUACGUGGAAGAGAGAGCCCAGAAAACGUAGCUCCUCGCUCUUUAGAAGGAAGUGACUGUCACGGUGGAACAAAGUGUAAAAACAUCAUACAAUUUUGAAACACGUUUUUGUUGACAUCAAGAAGGAAGUGUGAGGUGUGCACAUUAUGCUGCAAGGUAAAAUUGAUUGAAGGACACAGCUGAAGUUUCACUGAGAAUCAAAUCUGUCCAAGACUAUUUGACAUCUUCAUGUGAUUUGACUGCAAUCCAUACAACUAUGCAUGUACAUGCUUGUUUUUUAUUGUCAUGUAUUGUGAUUAAAUGCUUUCAGUUCAGAUCUUCAGUGUAACAUGAUGAUCCAAAUGUAGUUGUUGCACCAUGGCAGUAAAAUUACAGGGGACAUUGAAUAUACUGGUACAAAAAUACUCUUCUACCACCACCAGCUUCUACAGCACAAACCACUGGUGUCAGUUCAAUCCUCAGCUGUGUGGUAUCUUCACUGUAAAAAUAUCCUCCCUCUGUGUCUCUUUUGCUAAUGCUCCCUAGAUGUUGUCUAUUCAGCUGCAGAGGUUAGAUAAUCUUGUUCUGUUUGAAGGACAGUUUUCUUUUCACCCACUAUCAUGUCCCACUGAGUCACAGUGUUGGUCAGGAAUACAGUGUGAAAGUUUUGGGUGGGUUCCUAUGGAAUGAAAAGGAGCUUGUUGUGUUUUCUCAUGCACAUUUACAACAUGCAGUAAUGGUUGUGUCCAUUGUGAUGUGACAUAUUCAAAGUUUUGAUGGUUUGACAGAAGAAAUAAUGUAAUUUUUACCUCUGAUAAGUAAUAUGUGUAAAAGUAUUGAAUUGUAAUAAAAACAUCAGCAACCUCUGUCUUAAGGUG